UACAAUAAGAGAUGUGUGUAUACCCCUCAGCUGACCCUCAUCACUACACAAACAUCAGUUGCCAUCAUGUCACGUAAAGAAUGUUUAUUAAAAUUAUACGGAAUUAUAUGCUGUUUUCAAUCAGUUUCAGGGUUUGCAGCAGGACCACCCUUUUCAACAUGUCUGACACUCUUCCCAAAACAUCACGGACUAGAAGCACAAACAACAGAACCGCCAUAUACCAUAGAUAUACAGGAAAAUGAUUACAUUCCUGGACAAGACAUUCACAUGACCGUAGGAGGAAAGAAUGGAAGAAAGUUUAUGGGUUUGCAAAUAGCAGUUCAUCGUGAUAAAGGAGACACGGAAGAACUUAUAGGAGAAUUUACCAGUUUUCCAUCAGAAAAACUGAGAGCAAUGAACUGCAUAGAUGGUAAAAAGAAUAUGAUAGGUCAUAAGAACAACGAUAUCGUUACAGAGGUCAAUAUUACUUGGAAAGCGUCAGCUGUAAAUCAGGGAAAUUUAACGAUUUUUAUUUCCAUUGUGGAGAGUUUUGACAUCUUCUGGAUAAAUAUCAUGAAUCCAUUGCCAUCACAUGUCGACAUUCCUGUGGUUCCAGUAAAGCAGAUAAGUAAACACGAGAACAUUAAUAUAGACUUUGAAGAAUGUGGGGAAAGCUUAGGUUGCAUUCUGUAUCCUUCCUACUGCACGGGAGAUGACUGUUACGCAGGGGCCACAUUCAGAGAUGAAGGCAACCGAACAAGGUUUAAAGCGUUUGUAGAAAUCAACGAAGGCUACAUAUCAUUAGGAUUUUCGGAUGAUCGAUUAAUGGGAGACGACCAUACGAUAUCCUGCACCUUUAAGGACGACCAGUAUACUGUACAACAUGGCUACAAUCCAUUAUAUUUCAACUACAGACAGUAUAAGAAAGAUGAAAUUCACGAUAUGACAGUAUCCGUUCAGGAUGGAAAACUUUAUUGUGAAUUUACACGACCAAAUUAUAUGAGUGUGGUGAAUAUGAUGAAACCAACAGAACGACUAGGGUUUGAUCUUAACAACGACUACUAUGUUAUGAUUGCUUGGGGAUAUUUGCAUAGAGGAUCAUCGGCUAUAACUCAUCAUAUUGAAUUACCCGUGACAACAGAUUCUAAAGUCAACUUUAAAUCCACCAGUAUUUACAGAGGAUCUGCAUUACCAAGUUUAACCCAAGUUCAUGCAUUACUGAUGAUAGUAGCUUGGAUAUUAUUUACUGGAUUGGCCACUAUUAUAGCCAGAUAUUUCAAAUCUAGCUUUGGUGAAAAGAUGGCAUUUGGAGCAAAAAUAUGGUUCCAGACACACAGAGCGGCAGCCGUAAUAUCGGCAGUUAUUACAGCCAUUUCGUUUAUAAUUAUUUUUGUCAAAGUUGACGGCCUUACGGAGGUAGCAGAAGCUCAUGCCUAUGUUGGUAUUGUUUUAAUGUCGGUUACUACUUUGCAAGUUUUUGGUGGACUAUUGAGACCUGGUCCAGAUUCAAAGAUGAGACCGCUAUUUAACUGGGGUCAUUGGUUAGUGGGGAAAACUGCACACAUUUUAGCAGCUGUAUCAAUAUUUCUGGCUUUUACCAUUGAGUUGAUACCAAAGACACAAAGUACUUUUGGAGUAGUCAUUGCAAGCAUAUGGGUGGUCUGUCAGGUUCUAUGGGAGCUGUUUUAUGAGAUGAGAAGACGGAGAAGAGAAUCACAAGAGACGAAAGAGAAGUCAACUUUACAGAAAGCUGAUAUGAUUUUACUGGUUGUUUAUGUUAUCAAUAUGUUGAUUGUGUUGACUGUAUCCAUUAUGGCCAUUUAUUUCUUUUAAGUAUGAUUAUACAACUUGACAUGAUGUGUAAAUAUGGUUUCAUUUUAUGUAAAUCGACAAACUUAUACUUUGAGUCAAAUAAUGCUGAUUCUGCAUUAUAUCAUUUCGUCCUCAAAAAGUUUGAUGAGAUUUUUAAUACAUGAUUUUAUACUU